AAAGAAAGAAGAACGGUCAUAAACACGGCGUGAACGUGUUUUCAGUUCAAGGGAGCGCUCUAACCGGUGCGACGCGACGCGGUAAGAGAAUAUCGCGAAUCGUCCUGCUCGGAGGGUGGAUGGCCGUAAUGGUGGGGGUGCGUCGACCGCGAGCGAGUACGAUAAACGUGUACAAGAGAAGGAUAGAAAUGAGGGAGUGGGGGAAGGUCAGAUCGCGCAGGCGUCAGCCCCAAACUUACCACGGGCGAUCAGUCGUGCGUGGCACUUGACACGCGUUACGUCUUUUCGUUUCUUUACCUUGGAUUCUUUUACGGAUCACGUCGCUUUCGUCGCAUUCGCUUGUACUCUGCUUUUCUUUCGCUUUUGCACUGUCUUUUUCCUGUUUCUCUCCUGCCUUUCCUCCGUUCCGUUUCUCUCACUUUUGUCCUUGUUGCUACGCCCUUUUAUACUUUUGUACUUCGUUUUUGUUUUUUCCCCACUUUUUCCUCCCUCCUUUUCUCUCCUCACUUCUCUCUUCCUCUCUCUCCCUCUCUUUCCUUCUGUUCGAAAGGAUCCAACUCGAUUCAACGGUUCGAUGUUGCGUCAACCAGAAUAACAGAUUCGAUCGUUCCGGAUGGAAAUCGUGCUCCUGUCGUAACAUUAUUAAUAUUGUAAGUGGCAUUCAAAGAAAAAUUUAUGACUCUUUUCAUGCUAUUUUUGUGUAAACUUAAUAUGGUGUUGUGUCCUUCGAGUUCUUCAAACUUGAGUUAAAAAUUGUUACUUUUUUCUUUGUUCAGUGGUUUAUACUGACAGGUGUUACAAAUACGAAUCUAGUCAUAUCGAAGAAAUAGCAAGUCGGCCAUGAUUUCAGUGAUUCGGUGAACGAAUGAAACUUGUAUACGGUCAUAUUUUUGCUCGUGCUUUUCGAUAUCAUCUUCGGUGAAGUUUUUUCUCAGUGAUAAGUGUAAUAUUUGUUUGAACUUUGGAAACAUUAUGUGCGGACCAACCACGUGUCUUCGAACGACGAACAACGAAUAUCAGGCAAUAGAAUUUCGAGUUUCAACAGAACCGUCCAUACAUCGUUUCAUCUCGUAUUUUUGAAACUGGAUAUUCUAUUCAUGUAUUUCUCUUGUCACAAUUAUUCUCGAAAACAUCAUUGAUGAACAAUAUUAUCGCCAUUUAACGUUAUAUUUUUUUACAUUAGUUGCUUUUGAUUCGAUGCUAGUGGAAUUUUUAUGGGAAAGAAAAGGAUCGAUAAUCACAAGAUCUCGCUCGCUUCGGAUUCAGCCGCUCAACGUCGACCUUUCACAAUGGCCGCUCGUUUAUGCCUCGUCUAAACGACGCAUCGAUCAUGGGGGAUCAGUGUAGAGCGAUCUCCCUCGAGGGGAGAGAGCGUCACGUUUCCCCUUUGACGUGCCACGAUUAGCACUUAUCUCGGCUAAUCGGUGUUCUGUGCUCCUCUGUCGCAGACGAAUCCGGCGCGCAUAAGAAGCGAGCAAAGCGGCGGGGCGGCGGCGGCGUCGUCCGGAAGCGAGGAGCAGAGAAGAAGCGGCGUGGUGCCGGCGCCGGUCCCAACACCGGUCCCGGUGCACGUGCCUCUCGGACCGAGCAGAAAACAGGGGCAAGAGGCCACGUUUCCUUUCGGCCAGGUACGCUCGCACUACGAUCCAAAGUGGCUAAGAGCGUAAGUCCUCACCGAGUGCACCAGGAGUGCUCGAGCGGAGGGGAGGUGCAGGUACAGGUGCAGCAGGAGAGACGAGCACCGAGGCGCAUGCCUUACCUGGGGCCUGAUAUGACAACCCGGCUGUCCGCCAUGUUUUACACGGUCGAAGUCGGGGACACCAGAUUCACCAUUCUCAAGCGGUAUCAGAAUUUGAAGCCGAUCGGUUCCGGGGCACAGGGAAUCGUUUGCGCUGCGUACGACACGGUGACAGCGCAGAAUGUCGCGAUCAAAAAACUCUCGAGACCUUUCCAAAACGUUACGCACGCGAAGAGGGCCUACAGGGAGUUCAAGCUGAUGAAGCUGGUCAAUCACAAAAACAUAAUCGGUUUGUUGAACGCGUUCACGCCACAACGGUCUUUGGACGAGUUUCAAGACGUUUACUUGGUGAUGGAACUUAUGGACGCGAAUCUAUGCCAGGUAAUCCAGAUGGAUCUGGAUCACGAACGUAUGUCUUAUCUGCUUUAUCAAAUGCUGUGCGGCAUCAAACACUUACACUCGGCCGGUAUCAUUCACAGGGAUUUAAAGCCGAGCAAUAUAGUAGUGAAGGCCGACUGUACAUUGAAGAUUCUCGAUUUUGGCCUGGCCAGAACUGCCGGGACCACUUUCAUGAUGACGCCAUACGUUGUGACGCGAUAUUACAGGGCGCCAGAGGUGAUACUCGGGAUGGGAUACAAGGAGAACGUGGACAUUUGGUCGGUCGGGUGCAUAAUGGGCGAAAUGAUUCGGGGUGGCGUCCUCUUUCCCGGAACGGAUCACAUCGACCAAUGGAACAAGAUAAUCGAGCAACUGGGAACGCCGGCGCAGGAAUUCAUGCAGCGGCUCCAGCCUACGGUCAGGAAUUACGUGGAGAACAGGCCACGGUAUCCGGGAUAUCCGUUCGACAGGUUAUUCCCGGACGUUCUGUUUCCAUCGGACUCGUCGGAACACAACAGGUUGAAAGCUAGUCAAGCCAGGGAUCUAUUGUCGCGCAUGCUCGUGAUCGACCCCGAACGACGCAUCUCCGUCGAUGAUGCUUUACUACAUAAUUACAUAAACGUGUGGUACGACGAGGGCGAAGUCAAUGCCCCUGCACCAGGCCCGUACGACCAUAGUGUCGAUGAGAGGGAGCACACGGUGGACCAGUGGAAAGAGCUGAUCUACCAGGAAGUGAUGGAAUACGAGACGAGCCAUAAUCCCACGACAGUAGCUCAAACGUCCGAGAGCGGCGAAUCCCGGUAGACACGCAAGAACUACUUGCCAUCUUUUUGCGUCAACGACGCAUCUAGACUGUCCGAUCUGUUACACGUACAUAUAUGUAUACACACGCGUACACGUAUCCCUCCCGUACACAACAGGCAUGCAUACACAGAGAGACACACACACACACAAAACCGUAUUUCAAUAUAAGCGUGUGUAUAUCCUAUGUAUGUACGUAUAUAUAUACAUAUAUACAUACACAUAUAUGUAGUAUAUAUAUAUAUUUCGUGGAAAUAUAAAUGAGAUGAGAAAUAAUGAUUAGAAAUCGUUUACGUCCAUGGGAAUGAUGUACGUUAAACGAAGCGCCGUUUUCGUUCGACGAGGCCAGGAAGAAAACAGGCGAGACGAAAUGAAUAAAAUUGGAAGUGAAGAGAAACAGGAAAGAAAUAUGUGUAUGUGUGAGAAAGAGAGAAAGAGAGAGAGAGAGAGAGAGAGAGAUCCAAAGUGAGCGAACGAUAGUGUAUGAAACAAAAAAGGAAAAAGUAAUGACAGAGAUAAAAUGAAAG